GCUCGAGUGGGCGUUGACAGCGCUAUACGCAGAUCGUGCCACCCAAAGUAGAUCUGUUGGCGUAGGUACUGAUACACACUGGAUAAAGCUAGGGCUUAGAGACGAAGUUAUAGUUGGACGGACUCAAGUCGGCCUUUCAUAUGCCGCGUUUGAUUCCUGCCGUGCUGCUCAAAUGGCCACAGGUAGGUACUGAUAUAAGUUAGAAAAUUGGUACAAAGGGUGUUGAAAACGAAUGGAGCAGCUCCGUAUAGCGCGGUAAGUUGAGUUAUCGACAACAGGGUCGGUUGUCUCCGGUGCAUGCCGGAACUAGAGGAGUCCUAGUAGAUGGAUCGCGCGCCAUGGUCGAUCGUUGCCAAUGGUCGUCAGCCCCAACUACCUUUACAGCCACAGAAAAAGAUCAAAUCCUGGCUCUUCAAGCAAUACAUAUAUACGUGCGCACAUGGUGUUCCAGACGAAGGCCUAUUUCCCCGAUUCAUUUGGUAUACCUUCCACAUGUACUGAAACUGCCCCAGCUUGUCACCCCACAAGGUACUAAUCAGGCAAUCGCAUACCAUGUCAGUAUAAUGGUAACACCCGAGGGGCAGACGGGGCUUUAUUUGACCGAUCGCCUGAGAUAGGUUGUGACCCUCCUGCGUUGCUUUAAAAUUGGAGGGCUGCUUCUUUUUGUGCUGCUAUUCACUUGUCACACUUUUCAUUUCAGCAAGUGUCCGCAAUAGAGAUAUAUUUCCAACUCAAAUAUGGCAGCAGCUGUCGACUACGGCCAUGCGGAGCGCUGGUCUCAAUCCGAGAAGAGCGAAGAUGUUAUCGAGGCCGAGAAAACACGCCUUAAACAUUCCGAGGACCCACAAUAUGAGCCAGUGGCAGAGAUUCACGAGAUCAAAAAGAUUAUCCGCGAAGGUAUCACACUGACAAGUGGCCUCACCGCCGUGCUCCUCCAGGUUGCGCACCCAGUUGUUGGUCGUGGCGUUGGAAUCCACAGCGAGUUCUCCAAGCCAGGCCGUGCAGUGGAUCGUGCAGAGAAGACCGGCAUCUUCAUCUACGUCUUCGUCUUUGGUACUGAGGAGCAGAAGAAGGCGAUGCAGCAUUACAUUAAUAUGAUGCAUAGCCGUGUCAAGGGUGGAGAAGGGAAGACAGCUUACUACGCCAAGGAUCCUCACGCUCAACUCUGGGUCGCCGCUACGCUUUACGCUACCAUGAUCGGCAUGUACGAGAUGGCUUUCGGUCCUCUGCCUCAUAACAGGGCAGAACGCGUGUACAAAGAGUUUUCCUACCUUGGGACUGCUCUGCAGAUGCCGCCUGAGUUGUGGCCAGUGAACCGAGCUGCGUUCUGGAGAUACUAUGCCGAUAUGAUCGAAAACCACCUGGAAGUCACUCCGGAGGCGGAAAAGGUGCUUUACGAUCUCCUCCAUCCGUUCAAACCGGCGCCCUGGUAUGCUAAGCCUUUCGUUCCGUUCCUCAUGCCAAUCGUCAAAGCUAUCACCAUUGAGCAGCUACCUGUCAAGGUGCGACAGGACUACGGUCUGAGGUCCACCAAGUUCACUCGCUUCGUGAACAGCUUCACCGUUGCUACCGCCACUUCUGUGUACCCAGCUCUACCGCUGUUCAUUAGACAAGCACCGAAGACAUUUUUUAUGUGGCGUAUCAGAAAGAUGAUGAAGAAGCGCGGCGUUCGUGAAUACAAGAAAUGAAGGGAGAAAACUUGCGCUGAUACCGCGAUGAUGCUGAUACCACGAUGAUGCGGUCGCUGUGAGAGGGUGCCUUUAGAUCGAGACUCGGAAGAUGAAUUGCUGAGGGAGAUCGGACUAUUGAAAUUGCACUCGACUUGGAUGAUGUCUUCAUUUUUGUAUAGUCUAGUG